AGUAGCAAUAACUGAUUACAUCGAUAACGUUGCUAUGAACACUCAUUAAAUCAACAUGUGACAAAAACACCAAGAGUCCUCUGUGUAUUUUAAUGUUUGAUCGAAUUUACUAGUCAUUCCUUUCUAUUUUUUCACAAAUAAAGAUUUUCUUAAAUUACUACGAUAUCUAAUUAAAAAUUCUAAGCAAAAUGGAUGAUGGUAGUGGUGAUAUAUAUAACAAGUGCUUUAAACUACUUCAAAGCGAGAACAGGAAAGUCAGAAAACAAAAUCUCGAAAAAAUUCAGGAACUCGUUCUUGCUGACCAAAUAAAUUUACAAUGCCCAACUUUUUUAACUAAUGUAAACGUUUAUAUUAACCCUUGUCUAAACGAUGACUCCGAAACAUGCCGUGAAACUGCUGUACAAUUGAUGAAAAAUUUAGUUUGUAAUGGAUGUUGUAUUGAUAUUUCAACAAUAAUACACAUUAUUCAUAAACGUAUGGCUGGCAUAUCAGUUAUAGAAAAUUCUGAAGAAUUAAAACUUUUAUAUGUACAGUUACUUAGAGAUAUAAUAAAACAUAAUGAAGUAGUAAUGGAAUCAUAUCUAGAUGAAGUAGCUGGAAUCCUAAAAAGAGGAAUAUUAGAUUCAUGUCCUUCUGUUAAAAAGGAGAGCUGUUUAUGUAGUGCUGAAUUUGCUUAUACAACUAAGGAAAAAUUUCAUAUGGUUGCAGAAACUUUGAUUGAACCUAUGAUAAAAGCUACUAAAUAUCACCAAUCAACUAUAAGGAUAACAGCUAUUGAAUCAUUAAAUUAUAUUAUUAUGCACAGUAAUGGAAAACAGGUCCCUGAAGUUUGUAAUGCUCUUAGUGAGAGACUCUUUGAUCAAAAUACUACAGUACGGCUAACUCUUUGUCAUGUUGUAUCAAACUGGAUGUUAUUAUUACCUGACAGAUAUUCAUAUUUCCCAAAACUUGUUCCUUUGAUAUUGUCUGCACAAGUUGAUGAUCAUAAACCAAAUCGGGAUGAAGCUGAAAAGUUCUGGAAAGAAAUUGGCAUACAAUAUUUAAAUGAAAAUGAAGAAAAACUUAAAGAAAAAAUAGAUUUUUUACCAGUUAUAAUAGAUCAUUAUCCUCCAAAUGUUGAAAGACCAAAUUUGGGUUGUCGCAUAUUAGUAGCUCGAGAAGUACUGAAAUUAUUACCAGUUAUAAUCCGUGAAUUGGAUGAUUGGAAAGAAGAUGUUUGCAUCAAAUCAGGUCAGCUUCUUUGCGUGGUAGCUUUAAAUGCUGAGGGGUCCAUUAUACAACAUUUGAAUCAACUUUUAACAGCAAUGGUAAAGUGCUGUCGUGAGGUUCAACAUGUAGCAUCACAUCAUAUUAGAAAAGCAGCUGAAAUUAUUAGUUAUUUUGUAUCGCCAGAUGUUUUUUUAAAAUUUUUAUUGCCACUAAUGAAUGAUAAUUCACAUACUGGACACAUGAUAGUUUUAGCAGGAUUAAUUAGACAUAAUUUACCUGAACAACUAUCUAAACAUGUAGAACCUCUGGUUAAGUUUUUAGUUUUACCAGAAAUAUGUGAAAACCAUGAUCCAUUAUUUAAAAAAUAUUUAUUGCAAGUGAUCGAGUAUAUAAUAAAUAUUUGCAAUGAAGAAUGCAAAAAAUAUGCUUAUGAGUUAUUCAAAAUUUACAUUACAACUCAAGCAUCAGCUUUAGAUGAUUUUGAAAAUCAUUGUAUAUUUAAAGAACUUGUAAAUUUUUGUAGUCCAAAAACUAAGGAACAACUUUUUAAAUCAUUUGGAGAAAAGUUACUGAAUGAGUUAAGUAAUAACUGUGAUGAAUGGACUGUCCAUUCAUCUGGACGAGGUGUUCUUGAUAAAAUUGUUACUGAUGCUGAGUACAUUAUAAAAAGUCAUUAUGAAAUAUAUAGAAAAAUUCUUGCUGUAACUCUUCAAAAUUUAGAAAAGGACUCUCAGUUUAUUAUGAAAAUGAUAAUUAACAUCAGUACUUGUGUGGAUAAAAAUGUAUUUGAUAAUAGACAACUUUGGCAAAUAUUGUCUGAUAUUAUUAUAUAUAAAAAAAUUAAAGGUGUUAUAUUUCCUAUUCUUACUUGGAGACCUGGAAGGUGCGCUGAAACUUUGCGUGCUGCUGCAAGCUUAAGUGCUCAAAAGAUAGUUUCAAAAUUAACUUCCUUUAAUGAUGACAUUUUUAAGCUGAGUUUUCCAGUUUUUUUGGCACUUGCUGAUGAUAAUCAUAGUAAAACUCGAGCUUAUUCAUUAGACUCUUUACAUGUUUUGACUAUUUUUGCUAAAGAAAUGAAUAUAAUGGAUGCUGACACAAUUAAUAAUAUAACUAGAGUUACUUUAACACGUUUAAACGAUAAUCCAGGUAUUACUCGUUUCAAAGCUAUUUCUUUACUCAAGGCUAUUUAUACCAAUCCUCUUCCACCUGACUAUAUAUUGCACUAUGGAGGCCAUAUUGAACAACUUUAUAAAACAAUGAUUAUAUUUUUAGAUGAUGAGGAUGUGCAACAGUCAAUAUUUGAUGCAUUAAAAGAUCUGUCUUGGAUGCAACCUGAUGUCCUUCUCAAACAAAUAAAUGUGAAAGUCUUUUCACAUAAGCAUUAUGCAAAAAGUUUAGUUGAUUUCUUGUCCGAUUCAAUUUGUCAAAUAUCACUUUCUAGUUGAUUAAUAUAUACUAUAUUUGUAUGUGUUCUGUUCAUAAUAAAUCUUUAUUUAAAUCAUAGAAAGCUGUUUUUACAAAGUAAUAAAUUAUCAAUAAAUUGCAUAAAUUAAUUUUAUAAUUGAAAAUUGAUUACUUUUAAACAUAAA